AUGAUGCGGUUGGCUUGCUUGACUCUAAGGCCUUAUUUUUUGGAAAAAAUAAGAACCAAGCGACAAUUAACCUCUUCAACAAAAAUUCAAAGAAAGUGGAGAGCUAACUGGGACGAUUUUCUCCAAAAGACCGAUUUCUGCAAGUCUAGGGGUGUUGAUGGUUUGUGGAGAUAUUAUGGACAUCACUAUACCUGGCAUGGCAAUGAAACAUUUCCUCUGCAUAUUCAAAUGAGUGGUUUUCUAUGUCUACUUACGUUUUAUGUGAUCUAUGGCCUUAAAAAAGUGGAAGUUAUAACUGACAGAAGUUGGAAAGGUGGAAAUCGAGAAUUCCUGUGGUGCACAAUUGAAGAUCGAUUCAGCCAUAAAUAUGCAUUUGCAUGGGAACCAUUCAAGGAAUCGGAACCACCAAAACUCUUAUUAAUGAGAAGACUGCAAAAUGAAAUGUGGUCUGCAGCGUUAAAACAUGGUACUUGGUUCCUGGAUCCUCAUGAUGAUUAA